AUGGCGCGAAAGCGGGGUUACGAUGAGUUCAUGCAGUCGAUGAAGUCGCUGCUUGAAACCGGCAAACACUCCGACUUCAAGAUCACCUGUGGCAACAAGACUUGGGACGUGCACAAAGCCAUCGUGUGCUCCCAGUCCGACUUUUUCGACGCGGCUACUCGAUUCGGCGGGAAGAAGGAAGCCACCGAAGGCGUGCUUAACCUCCCAAACGAUGAUCCCGACAUCGUGGGCUGCAUGAUUCAGUUCAUGUAUGAGUUGGACUACCAGCUGCCCUCAGAUAAAGACCCUGGACCGUGGUGGAUUAGGAUGGAUUGGAGGAAGGUCGGCGACUCCCCUUGUCCCGAUAUGUUAGCUGGCAUUCUAAAAAAAGCUUGGGACAUGAGUUGUUGGAAAGUUUCAGCCAAGCACAUGACCGCAUUGGCUGAGAAGCAUCCCAGCCUAAAGGACAAAUUCAAGUUCAAGGUCAUCAAAUUGGAAUUCAGCUUGGACAGCAUAGCUGUGAUGAGGUCGAUAUUCGAGUUGUAUGCUCAGUGGAAAAAGGACACCCCAGAUAGCUACGCGCCACCCAUCAAUCACCGAGACGCUAUCAUCCACGCGAACGUUUACGCCAUCGCCGACAAGUACGGUCUUCUAGGACUAAAGCAGAUGGUGGCUUUCAAGUUCGAAGAGAGCUUGAAGCUCCUUCCUCCAGGAGAAGAGUUCUUCGAGGCUGUUACCGUUGCAUUCACCACGACCCCGGACACCGACACGACACUCCGCAAUAUCAUCGCCAAGCAUGUGUACGAGGAGAAGACGAUCUCCGGAUUAUAUGAGGAACUCGAUGUGGGUAUGAAGACGACGCCUGGCUUGCUGUCUAACUCCGUCCAACACACAGGUAACACCAUCUUCGAGCCCGGCAAAGAAGGCAGCCACUACCAGGGCAGCGGAAGUGGAUCUGGCGACAAGGAGGAAGGUAAUGCGCAGACCAAGGAGACAAGUGGCGAAGCAAAGAAGGAUGAAAUUGCGAAAGAAAGCUCAUAG